AUGUUUCUCGCAGCUAUCCUCCAACUCUAUGUCUCUGUUCGAGCUUGGUACGACUGGGAAUGGCGCGGCCAGUGGACUGGGCGCGUCCUCUUCAUGCCCCUCGGCCUUGUCCUGAAAAUCAGCAGCAAACCGCGCAUUGCACACGAAGGCAACAUCAUCAGAUUCGUUCGGGCGCACACGUCCAUACCACUUCCUCGCGUCCUGGCUGCGACAGAGGGCUUCGGCCGCAGGUUCACGCUCAUGCGCCAGGUCCGCGGCGACAACCUGGAGGCCGCAUGGCGCGACCUCGACCGCGGGCAGCGUGCAAGCAUCGUCGAGCAGCUGCGCUCCUUCGUCCUACAGCUACGCGCUCUGCCUUCUCCGCACGGCGCGGCAAUCUGCGGCCUGGACGGUGCUGCCUGCAUAGACAGCCGUGUGUCCUCGCACGCCGUCGGCCCAUUUUCCAACGAAGGCGCGUUCAACGACUGUCUCGUCGACGCCGCCGAUCCGUACACGGAUGAUACGACGCUCCGUGAUAUCAGGUCACGCAUGCGAGAUACCCACCGCAUCGUGUUCACCCACGGCGACCUUGCGCCGCGCAACAUUCUCGUCCGCGGGGGCACGGUUGUCGCCAUGAUUGACUGGGAGGAAUCCGGGUGGUUCCCUGAGCAUUGGGAGUUUGUCAAGGCAAUGUACUUCCCGAUGCCGAAUCCGAGAGACGAAGGCUGGAUGGAGGCCGUGCGAGACAUCCUCUCAGACGAUUAUGAGCAAGACUGGCUCAUGGACCGCGAGUUAUCCGAUCGCAUGGUCGGUGCUUUCUAA